AUGGCGGGCCCGGACGAAGACGACUUUCUUCACGCCUUGAGAGAAACACCUAAUAACGCUUUCACAAUCACGCGGGUGACCGUGGCCGACGGCCCCGCCCUCGCGGCGACCAACAUCCCCGCCUUCUGGGCCGACGCCCACUGGCGGAUUGAGUGGCGCCACCGCGCCCUUGACUACCAUAUUUCGCAGGUCGCCCUGCGGUACCCGCGCAACCUGCUGCGGAACCGGGCGACGGCGCGGCACCAAAAAGCCGUCGAUACCGUCACGGGCAAGAUACUGGGGUACGCCCGGUGGUCGAUUCCUGUCUCACACUCUACCAUCACCACCACUGCCACCACCUCCACCGAAAACAGCACCGAAGACGCCUCCACCGACAACGAGGGUAACGGCACGCCCGCCUGGCCCGAGGCUCUCGUCCCCGCCGUGUCAGCAGACGAGGAGGCCGAGAUAUCCCGUGUGGCCGACACGGCCGUUUGGGACCCAGACUGCACCUCCGACCCGCUUCUAGAUCGGGUGCGCGAGAUUGAAAAGGAGGUACUGGGCCGCAAGGCAUACAUGAUGCUCGAUUACCUCGCUGUUCAUCCGACGCAGCAGCGGCGGGGCGUCGCCACCGCUCUCGUCCGCAGCGGGAUGCGGCAGGCGGAGAAGUUGGGUCUCGACAUCUUCGUCCACGCUAUGAAACCCGGCGUGCCAGUGUACCAGCGGCUGGGGUUCCGGAUGGAGCGCGAGCUCAUCCAGGACGACUCGCAGUACGGGGGUCCCGGCCUAUUUGGCGACUAUUUUCUCAUUUACGAACAGCCUGACAAGCCCGGCAACUAA